GAGAAAUGAGAACUAGCACAGGAAGUUAUGGUCUUAGUGAACUCCCUCAGCAAAACAAAAAAAAUUGUCACGAAACAUACAGCACACACACACAUACACACACACACACACGUAGCACAUAUACACACAAGUAGCACAUAUACACACACUCAUGUAAACCCUGGUGGUGUCUGAGAGUGGUCUUCUGAUACGCCUCUCUACUUCAGCAUUCAUUGUUGUCACACAGCAGCAACAUCACACACGGGACCUGUGCGAAAGCAUCUACUGUGCUGAAGAAGCCAACGUUUCUCUACACAGACUCUUCUUUCUGGUUUUGUCAGCAGGACAGUCGGGCAAGGGCCUCUGUGUGCAGACGACUGAAGUCCUACAUUCAAAAUGGGAAAUGGCGGGGAGGAGGGCAAGCUGCACCGUCGUCUAUCACGACUCGGUAGCCGGCACCAGAGAGAGCCCAGACCUCCACCUCAGGCCGAGAAACCCCCCACCCAGGCCCCGGCACCAGCCCCAGCCCCCACACCUGCCCCCGCCCCCAGGCCUCCAGAGGUGGCCCAGAAACCAGUGGCUGCAGAACCAUCACCCAGACCUGCAGUUGCCAACUCCAAGCCCAGAGAGGCACCCAAGCCCAGCCUCCCUCCCCGACCCCAGAAGAAGGUGUUCCUGUGCGAGAGCCAUGGCAAUAACAUACUAAAGGGCCUUAAUGCCUUUCGCUUUGAUGAGACGUUGUGUGACGUGACGCUGGUGCCAGGAGACAGCAGCAAGAGCUUCCCUGUACACCGGGCCAUCAUGGCCUCCGCUAGCGACUACUUCAAGGCCAUGUUCACAGGAGGGAUGAGAGAACAGGAGCUGAAGGAGAUCAAGCUGCAUGGCGUGAGUGGCGCGGGCCUGAAGAACAUCAUUGAGUUCAUCUACACCUCUCGUCUGGACCUGAGCGUAGGCAGUCUGCAGGACACUCUGGAAGCUGCUAGCUUUCUACAGGUGCUGCCCGUACUGGACUUCUGCAACCAACUACUCAGCAGCGAGAUCACCAUAGAUAACUAUGUGGAGGUGGAGCGCAUGGCGGCAGACCUGCUUCUGGAGGACGUGCAGACUCACGUGGGCAACUUUGUGAGGGACAACUUCGCCGAGUUGCUCCGCAGCCCCACGGGCCGCUACCUGCAGCUGUCAGAGGCCAGCAUGGCACACGCGCUCUCCAGUGACGGCCUGAAGGGCCUGUCGGAGAUGGAGCUGUACCGCGCCGCGCGAGCUUGGAUCGCCCACGACCCGGCGGCCAGGCGCCCCUCAGCCUACGCCUUGCUCAAGCACAUCCGCUUUCCACUCAUGACCCCGGCGGAGCUGCUGCAGAUCUCCCAGGAGGAUGACCAGGAGCAGGAGAGUGGCGGUGGCGGAGGAGGUGGUGUCCCUGGUGCUGUUGGAGUGACUGCAGUAGGUGGUGGUGGUGCUGCCGGGGGUAGAUUCCCUGGAGCUGGUGGUGCGUGUGGAUUCACUAGUGCUGCUGGUUACAGUGAUGGUAGUGUUACUACCACCACAGCAGCAGCAACAGUGAAGAUAUCCAAUCCUAAGCCCACCACCACCACCACCAGAGUCCCGCCGCAGCCCCCCCUGAUGCGCUCGGACACGGCCUGCGUGAACCUGCUCCUGGAGGCCAGUAACUACCAGAUGCUGCCCUUCAUGCAGCCGGCGCUGCAGACAGAGCGCACGCGCAUACGCUCCGACGACGAGCGGCUGCUCACGCUGGGCGGGGUCAUGAGACACCAGCUUGUGGUGAGCCGUGACCUGCGCUUCUUCGAGGACGAGAAGGAGGACGAGGAGGAUGCCGCAGGUGGAGGUGCGGGAGUUGGAGGAGCUACAGCAGGACCAGGAGCAGGAAGCUGGCGGGCGCUCCAACCAAUGGAGGUGCCCCGUUACCAGCACGGUGUCGCGCUAUUGGGCGGUUUCCUGUUCAUCGUGGGAGGCCAAAGCACAUACGACACCAAGGGCAAGACGGCAGUGGAUAGCGCCUACCGCUACGACCCGCGCUUCGACCGCUGGCUGCAGAUCGCCGCCCUCAACGAGAAGAGGACCUUCUUUCAUCUGAGCGCGCUCAAUGGCAAGCUGUAUGCCGUUGGAGGUCGCAAUGCCACUGGGGAGAUCGGUUCAGUGGAGUGCUACAGCCUGAACAAAAAUGAGUGGACCUUUGUCACACCAAUGGUGGAGGCUCAUUACGGACAUGCAGGUUCCGUCCAUGGUGGGCUGAUGUAUGUUUCAGGUGGCAUCACCAAGGACACCUUCCAGAAGGAAAUGUGGUGCUAUGAGCCCGAGUGUGACCGCUGGAGCCGGCGGGCGGACAUGAUGGAGCUGCGCGGCCUGCACUGCAUGUGCACCGCGGGCGACCGUCUCUACGUGAUGGGCGGCAACCACUUCCGCGGCGCUAACGACUACGACGACGUCUUGUCGUGCGAGUAUUACAGCCCCACCUACGACCAGUGGACCGCCGUGGCCCCCAUGCCACGCGGCCAGAGCGACGUCGGCGUGUCCGUGUUCAAGGGGAAGGUCUAUGUGGUCGGGGGCUACUCAUGGAACAGCCGGUGCAUGGUGGAUAUCGUUCAGUGUUACGACCCGGAGAGAGACGAGUGGGAGCAUGCUUUUAAUGUGCUGGAGCCUCUGGGGGGUAUCAGAGCCUGUACUAUGACGGUGCACAGACCACAGGGACUGGCUGCAGAGGCGCCCAUACAGGACUGCCCACUGGCCACUGACAAGAGCUGAGGAGGUGAAGACGGGGUAGAGUUGGGGUCACACUGGACUGGUUGGGGACACCCAGAAGAACUGGAGGGAUGGUGUUGGGGUGUGUGGAAGAGGGAGGCAUGGGGUUACGGGGCUACACAAAAGUGGCCCACCGUGUGGAAAAUACAUCUACACAUGAAUGAAAUGUGCAUCACCAUGUGCAGAGGGGGAUCCAACUUACGGACUUCAAGACUUAUGAUCAUUGAUUGAACAAUGUAUAUUUUAAAGACCAAGGCCACAAGGGUUAAAGGUAAAAUGUAAAUAUGCACGUCAUUAUGCAGGUGAAGUCUUGUCUUAAAAUAUCAUGUUAUGAAAUCACCUGUGGUAGCGACGUAGGUAGAAACAGUACAUGGGAGGGAUUUCACCUUAGUGCACAUUGGCAUUGGUUAGCAAAUGCAUAGUGUGUGGAGGAUCAGGGGGAACACCCAGGCCGAGAUGUAUCUGAUACCAGAGUACUGUGACUCAAACUGUGAUAGCAAUUUUCUACUGGGAAAAUCAUCCAAAAAUAAAGUAGGUCAUUGUCUUUGAGUACUGGCAAAAACAGCCGGUGUUGUGCGAUGCAAAGCAAUGCAAGCGAUCAAUGUAUCUGUUAAAAACUUUGUGGAAUGAUAUUUGGAUUCGAAUGUUGACCAAAAGGUGCUGGCAUUUUAACACCAUGGUCUAGGGAAGGUCAAGCAAUUCAAUCAGCUCGAAACAUUUCACUGUGUGUGUGUGUGUGUGUGUGUGGUAUUUUUUAAAAUGUAUAUUCUGUAGACAUCUUCAGCUUUAGCCUCAUUUUCAUGUUACAUUCCUUGGCCUCUAUUGUGUCCACUCACUGUUUGCUGUUCCCUAUGCCUUCAUUUCCCUGCCAUAUGAUAACAUAAUAAAAAAGUUUAUUUAUAAGUCAUUUCAUCAUCAGUUCCAGUUGCUGUAUUACCACAGUGGUAUAAGUGUGUCUCAUGUCCUGUGUGUUAGAGUGCUACAUGAAAGCUGAAGUGAAACACAUUGUCAUUGAGCACCACUGUUGCAUUUAAUCUUAGUAGUCUGCUGUGAUGGACCAGGGCUAAAACCAACAGCUGUGCAUGUCAAAUAAGCUUUUUUUUAAACGUCAAAAUGAGGACAGUUUAAAUGUAUAAUAUUUUUACACUGAUUUCAAGUGUGUUUAAAUUUUUGAUUGUACUGUGUUUCUUUAUUUGAAUAA